AUGUCGAUUAAAAUCCUCUUUGAACAAAUCGAACAGUCGACGAAACACGUUCUAUGUGAUUGUGAACUUCAAUCAGUGACGAUUCGAAGAGAUGAAGAGCAUGGGUUGAAAGAAGAAGAGAAUAGCAAGAAGAAGGACAAAAAGGAACCGAUCUUAUAUAGAAAUGAAUGUUGUGGAACUGAUGUGGAAACAGAGGAUAAGUGUGUUGGUCCGAGUAUUCUGAAAGUCAAUGUGGCCACAAAAUACGAGUUUCAGAAGUUGAAUGCAACUCAGAUUCACCGAGCCAUAAACGACCCAAAACUCGGCGAGUUCCUGGUCCGUGUGUACCCGCUGCUCAAGGAAGAACUCGACAAUUCGGAUCUUUUCAAUAAACUCUGA